AUGUUUUAUAAUCCAAAUAGUCUGAAAAAAGCUUGUAUUGAUAUAAUCAAUAUUCACAUGGAUUUAUCAGCGUCAUAUACUAUUACAGAAUCGUCAGAUGUAUGUACCUUGAAUAAAAAUUUAAAAAGUUGCAAUGAAAAUUUGUUGUUUAUAGCAAGUAACGAAAAGGAUUUACCUAUAUGUUUGCAACCAAAGAAAGCACCUUCGAAGUCUGACAUUAAUUCAAAUAAGUUAAAACUACCAGCUAGCAACUCACCUAAAUUAGUAAUAAUUUCUGAUGUGAAAGUGAAUCCAACUAAAAAGGUGACCUCUAUUAGGAAGAAACUUAAUAUUAAGAAAACUUUGCAUGGCGCAGAAGCAUUAACCAUGAAAUUAAACCCGAAGACAAAAUAUCGUAAACAUCAAUUAUUUGAAAGAAAAAAUACUAGUAAAAAAAAGAGAAAAAUUAAUAGAUACGAAUCAAGCUCUGAAAAUGAAAAUUCUGAUAUUAUGAGUAUAACUAACACAGAUAGUUCGGGAAACGAAUUGUUUGAAGACUAUAUAACAAAAUACUUACAAGAAGAAGAUAUGAAAGAAAAUUUAGAACAAGAUAUUCCGUUUGGGUUCAGUGACAUUUCAUAUUUCACAGGCAAAUCUGAAAACUUAAAAAAAGACGACUGGAUAUUGGCAAAAUUUGCCACAAAAAAGAGUUUAAAACACUACGUGGGGCAAGUAUUGAGCGUCAAAAAUGAUACUCCUACAAUACAAUUUUUAAGAAAAGUAAAAUCUUCCAAAGAUAGGAGAUUGGCUUUUACGUAUCCAAACGUAGUGGAUAUUUGUGAAAUGAUGCACUUAGAAGAUAUAAUUCUAGUAUUACCUCAACCAAAUAUUUCCCGACGAGGUCAAAUAAUAUUCGAAGUCAAUUUAAGUGAAUAUAAUAUACAAUAAACAACAUAUUUUGGUCUUAGCUCAGUUAAAACUAUAUAUUUUGUGAUUUCGUGAUUUUUAUUACUACAACAGUGCGUUUCGGUGGCUAUAUUAAUAGUAGUGCAUUUUUUAUAGUUCCUAUCGUGUUAACAACUACCUGAUCUCCAAAGAUAUUUAUUAUAAUGUUGAUCUUUAAAUAAAUAAAUUAAAUGAUAAUUAUGUUUUUUUGUUUUUAAGUAAGACUCCUUAUAUUAUUAACCUAAGAAAAAUAAUAUUUUAUCAUAAGCUGUUAUAAUUUUUACUUUUAAAACUUGGUAAAUGACAACCCUAGGUCAUAGUUUCGUUUAAAUGGAAAAUGUUCUACAUGGC